AUGGGCGUGGAAAAAUCGUGUUAUUCAAUUGUAGAGCAGACGUUGGUUGAGAUAGAAGACAGCGCGGGACUGGGAGCUGGUUUGCCCUAUGGAAUGACCAGAAUUUACCCGAAGAACUGGAUUUCGCAGUUGCAAUUGGCAUAUAGAAACUGUUCCCGACAGCGUCGCUUCACCUACAAGCAGAAUGCGCCUAGAUUAGAUCGCGCUAGAAUGCAGUGGGAAACUUCGAAAAACCCCAAUUGCGAGAACUCUGCACCACAAACAACUAUUGAAUUGCCCGCUCGUUUAGAAUCUAUGCCUGUUUUGGCGCUUCAGGAGGUUUUGUGGAAGGACGUUAUUCUACGUGUGCCGUCGCGAAUUCAAUUUGUACUUCGGGCGCACGGCAAUCGAUCCCAGGAUUGCGACCUGCAACAACUCCCAGUUAUGCAAAGCUUGUUCAAAAAUAGCAUCAAGCCUCGCUAUGAGCUUUCGGAGUCUCGGGGCCGCAGAGGAGCAUACCUCGAGGACUCGCAAGGUUGGGACGACGUUCUCCGACUGCAAACGUCAAAUCAUAUGCAUAUAGACAUUCUGUGGCCCGCUCUCAAAUUGUCAUUGGCCUGUAGAGCUGUGGAAGUACCUUCAGAAACUUACAAACAGUUGCAGAACCAGUCAGUAUAUCACCCAGUGACAGGUGAUGCGAUGCCCAUAUUCGAGUCCCAAUCGGGGUCCAAUCAAGCGAUCGCGUUGACACCGCAGCUUAAUGCUGCCCACGCCAAAUUGUUUCCAAGUGAUUUACUCGCGAGCGUGGUAAUACCCUCACGGGUUUGCAACAAUGCGGAAUUGCGAGCUCUCCAGAAGCUGUGCGUUAGUCCAACAGGUUCCCAUGUUACGACUCAGAAGCAAACCCCACGCCCCUUCAAAACUGCUGAUGGUUUUGAAACUGAAAUAAGAAGCACAUCCAGGUUUUUCAGGGCUCUUGAAUCUGGCAGCUUCCGCCCCAACACCCGCAUCAUGAAGCGGCGCAUGUGCACAACUGACGUUCUCAGAGCCGUGGUCCUCUCCAAUAGUAUCACCGAGCAACAGCUCAAGGAAGAGUACUGUAAAGUUUCAAUUGUGUACUGCAUUUAUGAAAACUUGCGAAGGAUAAAGAAUCGCAUUAAUGACAUUGAGCCCAGCGGCGCGCCAACCGCUUUGACCCCAUGGGAUUCGCAAAUCCUUCGCGAUAUCAAUGAACUAAAUGAAAAUUGGGAUACGACGAGUAUACAAAGUCUUGUCAACAGCAAGGACCUUCUCGAUGCCUUUCUGGUCCGUUUGAAUAUAUAUAACGUGAUGAUUAAUGCCGAACUCAGGUCCAGUGCCAAGCAGGCGCCUGCCAUGAGUGAAAAACGCCAAAGAGCGAUUUUGCAAGUGCUGAGCACAGUGCUAGCUGAAUGUAAGGGCUUCCAGGAUCUUUUUCCGAAUCUCUAUUUUGAGCUGAAGCUCUUCACAGAUUCCAUCGACCGUGCUUCGAUGGUAUCUACUCAUCUGCCGGAGCAGACGGAGAGUUCACGUCGCGUUUUCGACACGGUCAUGGCUAUAGUUGGCAUGGAGGACAGCACUAUAGCGAAUGGUAGCUCUACACAAAAUUUCAAAGCCGUCUUGCUCGUCGACCAGUCUCUACCUGCAGACAUAGCACGGUUAUACCAGUUUUCCUCGAGACUCGAGCUGCAGAUAACCGACUCACUGGACGCAGUCACGAAAGUCAAAAAUGCCGAAUGUGUUGCGAAGCAAAUGAUCGACCAUGCCACAAUACUCUACUUAAUGAAAAGACCAGGUUUGGGCGACCCUGUCGCCCUGGGGGCCUCCAGGAGGCGACAGUGA